AGGGCGGAAGACAUGGAGGGAAGGCAGUGCUGAGGAGAGAAAGCGGGAAAGCGCGAGGAUGCCGCUGGUGGUGCUUUGCGGCCUCCCGGGGAGCGGCAAGACCCGCCGUGCCGAAGAGCUCCGUGCGGCGUUGGUCUCGGAAGGCGAGGCCUCUGAGCAGCGCCGGGUCUUCGUCGUCUCUGAGGGAGAAGGCGGCAAAGGCAACGGCGAGGCCCGUUCGGCUCUGAGGGCGGAGACGGAGCGCCUUCUGAGCCGGAGGGACGUGGUGGUGGUGGACGCCGGCUGCGAGCUGAAGAGCUUCCGCUACGAGCUGUUCUGCCUCAGCAAGCAGGCCGCGACGCCGCAUUGCGUGCUGCUCUGCCCCGGCGGAGCCCCCCGCCCCGACAGGCCGCCCUUGGAGGAGCCCGACGCCAACAGCCGCUGGGACAGACCGCUCUUCGUGGCCCCCGCGGAGCCCUCGGAGACCCUGCCGCUGCCCGAGAUCCGCGCCGCCCUCUUCCAGCGCCGCCCGCCCGCCCCCAACCGCUCCACGCGCGCCGAACCCCUCCAGGCCGCCGACUUCCUCCACCGCCUCGACCGCCUCACGCAGGAUGUGGUGGCGGCGCUCAUGGAGGCCCAGAGGAAGGGCGCCCGGCCCGGGGAGGUGGUGCCUCUCGCCCUCCAAGGAGAGGGGUCAGGGACGCAAGGGUGGCUGCUCCGUCGCCCCGUCACCCUGGCCGAGCUCAGCCGCCUCCGGAGGCAGUUCCUCAGCUACGCCAAGAUGCACCCCGGGGAAGGGGAGGGCGAGCUGCCUCGGCUGGGAAGCAUGUUCCUCCAGUACCUGACCCAGAACCUCCAGUGAAGGGAUGGAAGGCUGCCGGUCAAAGGGGAGGCCUUGCCCUCUCUCCAGAGGCUGCAGAAAGAAAGAAGGCCUUCUCCAGAGUGAAAGAUCCCAAUGUGGAAGGAUAGGAAGGAUGCCUUGAAACCUAUCCAGGGCUCUCAAGUUUGGGAGUGAAAGACUAGGGAAAGAUAAGAUGCUUCGACACACAUACUAUAUAUAAACAGCUCCCUGGUUUGGGAGUGAAAGGCACGAAAGUGGAAAGAUAAGAUGCCCUGACACCUCUCCGGUUUGGGAAUGAAAGACUUUGACUUUGGGUUGCUGUGAGUUUUCCGGGCUGUAUGGCCAUGUUCCAGAAGCCCACAUCCAUGGCAGGUAUGCUCAGAGGUUGUGAGGUACAUUGGAAACUAGGCAAGGGAGGUUUAUAUAUCUGUAGAAAGUCCAAGGUGAGAGAAAGAAGAAAGAACUCUUGUCUGUUAGAGUGAAGUGUGAAUGUUGUAAUUAAUCACCUUGAUUAGCACUGAAAAGCCUUGCAGCUUCAAGGCCAGUCUAAUUCUUGCCUGGGGAAAUCUUGUUGGGAGGUGCUAGCUGGCCCUGAUUGUUUCAUGUCUGAAUUUCUCCUGUUUUCAGAGUGUUGUUCUUUAUUUACUGUCCUGAUUUUAGAUUUUUAAACUCUAAACUCUACAUAGGGACCACCAAACACAGCAUUGCCCAAACACGAAUCAAGGAAUAUGAAAGGCACUGCAGACUAAUUCUAGCAGAGAAGUCAGCCAUAGCAGAGCACUUGAUUAACUUACCUGGACACAGCAUAUUAUUUGAGAAUGCAGAAAUGCUGGACCACUCUAACAACCACCAUGGCACACUACACAGAGAAGCCAUUGCAAUCCACAAGCAUGUGGACAAUUAUAACAGAAAGGGGGAAACCAUGAAAAUGAACAUACUCUGGCUACCAGUAAAAAAAGAACAACACUCUAGAAAUGAGAAUUCUAGACAUGAAACAAUCAGGGUUAGCUAACACCUCCCAGCAGAGGAUUCCCAGCCAGUCCUUGAAGCUGCAAGGCCAUUAAAUGCUAAUCAAGGUGGCCAAUUGCUACAUUCACACUUGCCUCAAACAGACAGUUCUUUCUCCCACCCUGGACUUUCCACAGAUAUAUAAACCCCUCUUGCAUAGUUUUCAACUGACCUCACAACCUCUGAGGAUGCCUGCCAUAGAUGCAGGUGAAACAUCAGGAGGGAAUUAUUAUUUAUUUAUUAAUGACAUUAAUAAAUCUGGAACAUGGCCAUAAGCCCUGAAAACUCACAGCAACCUAAGAUAAAGUGCCUUGACACAUACAUAUACCUCUCCAGUUUGGGAAUGAAAGACUUUGACUUUGUUUGUGACUUUGACUUACGGUGAUUCCAGGAAAGAGAGAAUAUCUACAGCCAGGCAUGGGCAAACUUAGGCCUUCCAGGUGUUCAGGAACGAAAGAUUUGGAUGGGAAAGCAGUGGAAGGGUAUGAUGCCUUGACACCUAUACACAGCCCUCCAGUUUGGCAGUGAAAGACUUAGAUGGAGAAAGAAGUGAAAGCAUAUGAUGUAUUAUAUAUAUAUGCACACCUCUUCAGUUUGGGAGUGAAAGACCUUGAUGUGGAAAGAAGUGGAAGGAUAGGAAGGAUGCCUUGACACAUCUCGCCAUACAUCAUCACCCUCCUCCAGUUAAGCAGUGGAAGACUCAGAUUGAAAGCCUGGAAAGCCAGGAUAACCUUUACACACACACACACACACACCUCUCUAGUGAAGUCUGGAAGACCUGUACUGGAAAGUUGUGUGAAGCUGGAAGGUCUUGCCAUACACAGCUCUCCAGUGAGAGGCCCGAAAAUGCCUGUUUACAUACAAUCACACAGUGUUUUUUAUGUUCCUGGUGCCAUUCAGAUUCAGUUGUGAAUGAAGCCCUUCAGGAGAGGUGACUGCUACUAGACGUUCGGCCCUUUCUUUAAGAUUUUUUUUGCUUUCUGUAUCAUGCAGUGGACUCCAGAACUAGGUCACAUUUGAACUACAUGGUACUUGGAGUGGAACCCAGCUACCUGAGGAUAUUUUAAUUGUGGGAACUGCUCUGGAACCUAUUUUGUUGAAGAAAUAUUUUAAAUAAAUAUUUUUAUUUCUCUUUGUAUAAUUUUUUCAUUUGUAUGCUGCCUUUCUCCAAGAGUGUGGCACAGGGGACUUCCAGAAAGUGUUAUUUAAAAAAGCCACCCUUGAACGAUACAAUUUAAAAACAAAAUUGGAUAUAAAAUGAUAUCAUUUAAAAGACAUACAAAAGCUUUUAAAAAAAGAUACCCCAGCAAAAGCUUCCUUUUUAUACAUUAAAAGCCUGCUUAAACAAUA